CAAUUUGAUUGGAUCUGCUCUUAUGCAGGGCAUUCCAAUAUUAUUCACGAUAAGAGAAAUAGCCACUACUUAAAAGUCGUCGAAAUGAACGGGGCUGUUCUGCUGUUCUCGCUUCUGAUAUGCCUGCUUUGCGCCCCGCUAAAUAGGUCACAGGAUAUUCUCAAACUAAAGAAACUAACCUCGGAUCUGGUAAAUGCCAUUGCAGAAGCUAAUUCUGGGAAAAAAUAUGGAACCGAAUGGGUUCCGGCCCUAGGAAGAACUUUGGAAGAGGUGCAUCGAACAUCAUCGCGACGGUGUUUUAUGUUUAAAUUACUGGUCAAGAAAGUGGAAAACUUCUGCCCAAAGCCUCCCACAUAUUUCCCCACUUGCUAUCCAUCAUGCAACCCACCCCCUCCACCGCCACCUGCACCUCCACCGCCUCCACCACCACCACCGCCUUCUCCAUCACCAAGUCCAGGGCCUGGUAAAGAGUUCGUCGCUCCGCCUCAUCCUUCGUUCGAGCUCGUCUACCCCGACGGCACCUACUUUCCCUGGUGCUACAUGCCCUUCUGCCCCACAAUUUGCCAGAGACCCUACUGCUAUCCCUGCAUGUUACCCGACUGUGAUCCCAAUUGUGUCCCGCCAAUGUGCUAUCCACCCUGCACCUAUCCUGGCUGCGAAUUGCCGCCGACUUGCUGGCCACCCUAUUGUCCAGAGCCUUGCGUACAUCCCAAAUGUAUUGCCGGAGACUCGUUCGGGGCAAUGCGGAGCUGUGUGCCACCCUACUGCCCACCGCCCAUGAAUUGCCAUGAACCUUACUGCCCGAGGGUCUAUAGGCCUGUGUCGGGCAGAACAUUUAUAAGAACUGGUUUGUGCCCGAUGCGAGAUAUUGUGAAAAGAGCCGCUAGGUUUAAGCUUGGAUAAUAAUAAAGAUCACAUCUUAAAUUGAA